AUGAACUCCUCCUCCGACGCGAACCAAAGCGGUCCCCCGUUCUGCCUGCUGGGCGCCGCGGGCUACUCCCGCAGCCUGGACACCUGCGUGCUGGAGGUGGUCGUCAUCCUCUUCCUCACCGUGCUCAUCAUCGCCGGCAACCUGGUGGUGAUCUUCGUCUUCCACUGCGCGCCGCUGCUGCACCACCACACCACCAGCCACUUCAUCCAGACCAUGGCCUACGCCGACCUGCUGGUGGGCGUCAGCUGCCUGGUGCCGUCGCUGUCGCUGCUCCACUACCUCCGCGGCCUCAACGAGGAGGUCACGUGCAAGGCGUUCGGCUACAUGGUCUCCGUGCUGAAGAGCGUCUCCAUGGCCUCGCUGGCGUGCAUCAGCGUGGACCGCUACAUCGCCAUCACCCGCCCGCUGUCCUACGCCACGCUGGUGACGCCGUGCCGCCUGAGGGCCUGCAUCGUCCUCAUCUGGGUCUACUCGGCUCUGAUCUUCCUGCCGUCCUUCUUCGACUGGGGGAAGCCCGGUUACCACGGUGACAUAUUCCAGUGGUGCGCCGAGUCCUGGAUGACCAACCCGGGGUUCAGCACCUUCAUCGCGGCGAUGCUCUACGCCCCGGCGGCGCUCAUCGUCUGCUUCACCUACGGGAGCAUUUUCCGGAUCUGCCGGCAGCACACGAAGGAGAUCACGCAGCGCCACGCCCGCUUCAGCUCGCAGAUGGAUGGCGACAAAGGCGAGCGCGGGGAGCGCUGCGAGGGCUGCCCGGACAAACGCUACGCCAUGGUGCUGUUCCGCAUCACCAGCGUCUUCUACGUGCUGUGGAUGCCGUACAUCCUCUACUUCCUGCUGGAGAGCGCCGGGCUGUACCACCACAAGGUGGCGUCCUUCCUCACCACGUGGCUGGCGAUCAGCAACAGCUUCUGCAACUGCCUCAUCUACAGCCUCUCCAACAGCGUCUUCCGGAAAGGUCUCGGGCGCCUCUUCAGCCCGUUGUUUCCCUCCUGCCUGGGCUGCACGGACGCCAAAAAGGCCCCGCUGUCCGCCAACCCGCGACCGAACCCUCAGCGCCAAGUAUGA